AUGACCAUGAUAUCCUAUUACUCCGAGAUGGUGCCUCACCAGGCUAGAACAUCGCAGGCACCAUUUGAGAUUCAAGGUGACGAGGCGGAUGGCGACACACUGGCGGAUAAAUAUCAGAUGCUGGAGGAAUUAGGUCGUGGCUCAUUCGGUGUCGUCUACAAAGCUAUCGAGAAAGCCACGGGCGAGAUUGUCGCAAUCAAACAUGUGGAUCUAGAAUCCUCGGAAGAAGACCUUGCGGACAUCUUAUCCGAACUAUCUGUCCUUUCAUCAUGCUCGAGUCCACACGUCACCAAAUACCGCGUUGCGUUCCUACGUCGUCAGACUCUCUGGAUCGUCAUGGAAUAUCUCGGUGGGGGAUCCUGCGCAGACUUGCUCAAACCGCCCCCGCAUUUCCUGUCAGAAAAUCAUAUUGCCAUCAUUUGCCGAGAAUUACUUCUCGGCCUUGCCUACUUGCAUAGCGAAGGAAAAUUACAUCGAGACAUAAAGGCAGCCAACGUCCUGCUGGGCAUGGACGGCCGAGUCAAAUUGGCGGACUUUGGUGUUGCGGCGCAAUUGGUCGGGUUAAAGAGUGUUCGAAAUACAUUUGUCGGUACACCCUUCUGGAUGGCACCGGAAGUGAUUCAACAAGAAGGACAUGAUGCCAAAGCCGAUAUCUGGAGUUUGGGUAUUACGGCCAUGGAACUGGCAAACGGAGAACCUCCACAUGCCAAUGUCCACCCGAUGAAAGUGUUAUUCUUGAUUCCCAAACAAUCUGCCCCGAGGCUGGAAGGUGGAAACUGGUCCAAGGAUUUCCGAGAUUUUGUAGCAGCUUGUCUUGCCAAGGACCCGGAAAAGAGAAGUAGUGCAAAGGAGUUGCUAAAGCACCGCUUCAUCCGAUCGGCGGGCAAAGUUGAAGGCCUCCAGGAACUGAUUGUCCGGAAACAAGAUUGGGAAGCCAGCAAAGGAGGAGAGAGAAACUUAAAAUAUUAUGCCGAGACACUGAAGAAUCUCUCCGGCGUACCAAAUGAUGACGGGUGGGUGUUUGAGACAGUCAAGGCCGGCCCAACAAUGAAUUUCAAGGUGAAUCAGACUCGAAAAAAGAGAAAGGUCGAAGGAGACUGUCCUGAACGGUCAACCAUUCAAAUGAUGAAGGAUUUGAGCCUGGAACGGAAAUCGGAGAACGAACAGAGUCCAACCAAACUGACCGUGCGAAAGAUCUCAGAGUCGGAGGGGGGACAAGAUGAACGCAGAAAUUCGGGCGAUUCACCUUUAAUCAGACGAACAACCAAGAAGAGAUUAUCUAGUGCACAACAACGCCAGCCUCUCGGAGUCAAUAUGUCCUUCGGCAAUAGUCCCAGCACGGUCCGACAAUUUAGACGAGUUUCACCGAAUGGAGACAAUCCCAACUCGGAAAAUGAGGAUCCCAAUUCUAGUGUGAUCAGGACACCUUCCAAAGCGACACCGGGGUUGAACUCAAUGGUCGACAUGGACAAGUCGCUGCUACACGGGUCCAAAUCAGAUAACAAAGAUUCGAGAUUCUCUUCCGCAGCUGCAACAAUGGUAAUGGAUUCCAAAGAAGCACGCCUCGGUCGAAAAUUAUACACCAAUGCUAUUGGGAUGUCAUGUCAAGAUGUCCUGAAUGACACGGCCGACGCAGUCAAACGCGAGGCUGUCGCUCGAUUAGCGGAGGCCUUCUCCGAUCUUGAAAGUGUGGACCCGGAUGGCAUGUAUCAUAUCAUGCAAUCCAUCAUUUCCAAGAUGAGGCAAGAUGACACGCUGAAGAAUAUGCUCCCACAACAGCCGGCGAUCUCAUCAGCUCUGCCGUCUUCACCACAGAAAGUAAGCGGAUCGUCAUCCCAGCAACCCAUCUCCGCCAACGCGAGCCGACAAGUCACCCCCAGCACACCAACGGGCAAAUCACCUGUGAAAUUGGUCCUCGCACAGAAUAAUCCGCACUUGAAAAGCCAUCGGCGCCGACAAAGUGCACAGGCCGCAAUGAAAUCGAGAGAAGCCAGUAGUGUUCUGCCGACGAGUCCAUUGAAGAAUAGUACCAGCUCUACUGGUGCUGUGGUCAAUGCGGGAGAGGAGACAGAUGCCGACAGAGAGAUGAUGAAGGGCCUUGUCGGUGGGCUCGAGCAUACGAGGCAGCUUGCUGAUGUGUUGUUCGAGAGAUGGUGUGAGGGCUUAAGGGUGAGGUGGCCUGCUGUGUAG